UGAUCCCACCACAGCUCUUGAUAUACCAUCUGUGGAUCUGCAAGGACUUGUGACUUCUGGUUCUCUGUCAGGCCGACCAAUCAGCACUGGCUGGGGGGGCGGGCCCAGUGGUUCCCUAGGUUACCUGUAUGAUUGACGUUCAGCCUCCUGCAGCGGAGCGCGCGGCAGUGUAUCACUGAUGCUCCUGCUUCCCCCCGGAGACUGUGGAGAAACCUGGAAGAGAGGAGAGACAGAGAGAAAACACAAGAGCAAGAGGAAUGCUGAUUACUUAAAGUCCUUCGCUCUCUUCCCUCUGCUCUCGUUACUGGAAAGAUGAAAGCUGGAAGAAGCCGGGUGAAGGGAGAGGAAAGGAAGGAUUCCUGAAGAAGGGGGAUUUGUUGUCAGCAGAUUGUAGGGAGGAAGAGAUGAAAACAAAGUGAUGGACAGAGACAAAGGAAAGAUGGAUGGCGUAGAAGGAGAAAAAGCUCACUGGUUGGCAGAUCUGUUAGAAAAUCUAGAAACCUAUAUGAAGACGGCACAAGAAGAUUCAACAAGAAGACUGCUACCGACUGCAUAAUUGAACGACAAACAGACACGAACAUGUUCAGCAGAGCGUGGUACCCAUAAGGCCUUGCAGGGGCCCAGUGGGUGGGGUUACAAGGAGGCAGAGAUGAACCUGACGAACGUCAGGCCGUCACCCGGGGAUAUAAGCUCCACCCACCACUGAUCUUCAGGGUGACUGACAGCUGGACCAACGCCUCAUACGCCGGCACCUGAACCAUCAUUGGCCCACAGUACAGUGCAGUGUCUGGAAAUGACCACUAAGCGGAAGCUGAUUGGCCGGCUGGUGCCGUGCCGUUGUUUCCGUGGUGAAGAGGAAGUGAUCUCAGUGUUGGACUACUCCCACUGCAGCCUGCAGCAGGUCCCCAAGGAAAUCUUCAGCUUCGAGAGAACUCUGGAGGAGCUCUACCUAGAUGCCAACCAGAUUGAGGAACUACCCAAGCAACUCUUCAAUUGCCAGGCCUUGAAGAAGCUGAGCAUGCCUGAUAACGACCUGUCCAACCUGCCCACCGCCAUCGCCAGCUUGGUUAACCUCAAAGAGCUGGACAUCAGUAAAAACGGUAUCCAGGAGUUUCCAGACAAUAUAAAAUGCUGUAAAGGCCUGUCUGUGGUGGAGGCCAGUGUCAACCCUAUCACCAAACUCCCAGAUGGUUUUACGCAGCUCCUGAAUCUGACCCAGCUCUUCUUAAACGAUGCCUUCUUGGAGUAUCUGCCGGCUAACUUUGGCAGACUCUCCAAACUACGGAUCCUGGAGCUGAGAGAGAACCACCUGAAAACCAUGCCAAAGUCCAUCCACAGACUGACACAGUUGGAGAGGUUGGAUCUGGGUAGCAAUGAAUUCUCUGACAUGCCGGAGGUGUUGGAACAGAUCCACAACCUAAAAGAGCUGUGGCUGGAUAACAACUCUCUACAGUCCAUACCAGGGUCGAUAGGAAAACUUCGUCAGUUGCGAUACUUGGACUUAGCUAAGAAUCGCAUUGAGACGUUGGACACAGAUAUUUCAGGCUGUGAGGCCUUAGAAGACCUUCUGCUAUCCUCCAACAUGCUGCAGCACCUCCCUGACACUAUAGGAAUGUUGAAGAAGCUGACAACAUUGAAGGUAGAUGACAACCAGCUGACCUCUCUGCCCAACACCAUCGGGAGUGCGAAGCCAAAGCACGGUCUGUCUCUGUUGGAGGAGUUGGACUGUAGUUGUAAUGAGUUGGAGUCGUUGCCUCCCACUAUCGGCUACCUGCACAGCCUGAGGACCUUUGCUGCUGACGAGAACUUCCUCUCAGAGCUGCCCCGGGAGAUCGGUAACUGUAAGAACGUGACGGUAAUGUCACUGCGGUCCAACAAACUGGAGUUUCUUCCUGAUGAGAUCGGACAGAUGACCAAACUACGAGUCCUUAACCUUAGUGACAACAGGUUAAAGAAUCUACCGUUUACCUUUACUAAGCUGAAGGACCUGGCAGCUCUCUGGCUAUCUGACAAUCAGUCCAAGGCUCUGAUCCCACUGCAGACAGAAGCCCACCCUGAAACCAAACAGAAGGUUUUGACCAACUAUAUGUUUCCUCAGCAACCGCGACAUGAUGAGGAUUACCAGUCGGACAGUGACAGCUUUAAUCCUACUUUGUGGGAGGAGCAGAGACAGCAGAGGAUGACUGUGGCCUUUGACUUUGAGGACAAGAAAGAAGAAGAAGACAACUCUGGGAAGGUCAAGGUGGAGAUAAACCUAAAGCGCUACCCAACACCCUACCCUGAGGACCUUAAGAACAUGGUCAAGUCAGUGCAAAGCCUUGUGGGUAAAAGCGUACAUGCCGGACACGGGCACCAGCACCAACACCAACACCAACACCAGCACCAGCACCAGCACCAGCUGAGCACAGGCACUGCCACCUCGGCAGGAACCAACAUGGAACACACACACCUCAGCAAAGAACAAUACGAACCACCAUGGCCCCUGCCUCCUAAAGAGGUGACAGACAGAGAGAUGCAGGACUUCUCUCAGACUCAGCUAAUGGAUCAGGGAUCAAUGCAUAACUCUGGCAUCGACAUUCCCAAGAGGAAGGAUAAAGAGGACCUGACAGAGAGCUCUGAGGACUCGAUGGGCGGCUCUCCCAACGACAUCCGUAUCUCUGACAUGAGGCCCACCCUGGUGGAGCAACCUAUGUACAAACCAAAGGUGGUGCUGCUAGGGAAGGACAAGAAAGAGUCUACAGAUGAGGAGGUGGAUAAGCUCCACUGUCUGAACCACAGCGGCUCCUCGGCCACCUAUUCCGACUACUCUCCCUCACAGGGCUCCUCUGGCUCCUCCAACCCACCUGCCAACACACACUCACACACACACACUCACACACACCAACACACUCCCGCCCUGCCGGCCCCCAGCAAGGACCAGACCCCUCAGACACACUGGACCAACAGACUGGCUCAGUCAUUCCCCAAGCCCAUUGACUCCAAGCCUCUGCUAUCUCAGAGAGAAACCCCUCCAUCAGGAACCCUGCAGCAGCGUGGGGAUCGACGUCCACUGAGUGAGCCUUUUGAUUGGUCUGAGGCCCCUCACUAUGACAACACAGGUUUUGAUGCUGAGGAGUCUCCUCUGGACAAUCCAUCCUCUACUACGAGUCAGGGAAACCCGCCGCUGGGCUCCAAACCCCGCAGCCAGUCAACACACGGGCGCCGCCCCCUCCUCAGGCAAGAGCGAAUCGUAGGAGUACCUCUGGAGCUGGACACUCAGACGCUCCCCUUCCACAGUAACCAACGCUCCACUCCAGACAAUGACCCACAAUCCUCCGGACAUCCUUCCCAGAAUCCUUGGCAGAACUGGACCAGAACCCCCAGCCCGCUGGAGGACCGAACCGCUUUUCCCUCCAAACUGGACCUGACACCCACCUCCAGCCCCAACCCUGACCGCAAGGACAUGGACUCGAGGCUGGAACAAGGCGCAGGGCCUUUGCCCGGCAGCUGGACGUACCACAACAAUCAGGGAGAACAGAACAGGAAGGAUCAGCUAAGUGUCAGCGGGGGCAACAAGGUGACCGUGGUGAUGAGUAAAAGCUCGGACCGCCUGUCUCCCAUGAUGAGGGAGACGAGAUCCAAGUUUAAGAAAUCACAGAGCAUCGAUGAGAUUGACAUUGGCUCCUACAAGGUCUACAGUAUUCCCAUGGACAGCUACAGUUCAUCGAUUGAGCAGCAGACUAGUUUGGAUCGUCCCGAGUUUCCUGGUUCUAUGGAGCAGACCAGCAUGGCACGGUCACAGUCUGCCCCCAUGUUAGACGAUGAGUUGGGCUACCCAGGACACGGAGCCAACAACCAGAACCAGCAGGGACAGAACCAAAAACCUGCCAUCCCACACAAGGCCUACCACUUCGACCACAACUACAACCCCCAGGUGACCAUGGACCGUCGGGUCCCUCCCCCCUUCCCCAACACACCAGAUUAUGUCAACCACUCAUCAAAGGCCUUGGAGUACAUCAGUCAACCAGGGAAGACAUUACCCAAGGAGUUGGUGAGCCCUCGGUAUCGUGCAUAUCCACCACUGGAGAUGUUUUCUUUCCCCCAGUCGCCAAUCAAUCAGGAUGGUCCGCCCAGCCAGCAGCAGCAUCCAAUCCCAACACAGCGCUCCAGGCCUGGGUUUUUGAGGAGAGCAGAUUCAUUGGUGAGCUCCACAGAGCUCGCUUUGUUCCGCAGAGUCCAUGAAGCCCAGCAGGAGGCGCUGCAGGAAGCUCAGUACAGACAGCAGGCGGACCCCCCUCAUUAUGGUCGGGCUCUUGUCUACUCCAGUCCCAUGGAGCACUCUGCUCUUACCAAUAUGACUGAUAGCCAGAGCCAGAUGCUGCACAACAAGAGAAACGGUCGCUACGAUGACGACUAUCCCACCUACCAGGAACAGAAGAAGCCCAUGAUUGGUUAUCCGACAAAGAGCCUGACUCAGCGCCGCCCCCUAUCUGCCAGGAGCUACAGUACUGAGACCUACGGAGCAUCUCAGGCCCGUCCAGUGUCAGCUCGUCCCACCAUGGCUGCCCUGCUGGAGAAAAUGCCCCCAGACUACGCUCUGGCCACUUGCCCUGAGAAACCAUCUGAUGAUACCAUCAAAGUAAGACCUGUUGUACCACAGAAACCUGAAGACAUCACCUCCAGGAUGCCUGCCGAUUGGAGGCAACAGCUACUUAGGCACAUAGAGGCCAAACGAUUGGACAGGAGUGGUGUCCUAAAGCACAACACGCUCACGCUGGGCAUGCUCUGUCAGGGCGGGGGUCACGGCCAGGGGCGCAGCAGCACUUUGAACUUUAACCUUUACAAUAACACUAAGCAUGAGCCCCCUGCUGGCCGCUGGCUGCCACUACCUCCUCCUCCGUCUGCUAACGCUACCCCUUCUCAGCAGGCUGCCAUGCUGGAUAAUGACCAGGAAGGGGUGUCAGGGAGUAACCAGUGGGCUCCCUACUCACUUGGCAGGAGGGAUGUCCCACCUGACAACCUCAUGAAAAAGAGUGCCCACUCCCACACCCCUUCCCACCAAUCACACAACACACACAUGCUCGUCACUUCCUCUUCCUCCUCCUCGUCCACUACGCCUCAUCGUGUGGUCGGGCAGCAGGGCUACGAUGGGAUGAUGAACAAAGGGGGCCAAUACCAACCAGGGAUGCCCUUGUCAGUGGUUCCCUCUGGGGGGCCAGGGCAGUACCAAGGCACCAUGCCUCAAGGCCUUCCUAGUCCUGGACAGGCUUACCCCAGCUCUGGCCUGCCCAUGGCCCUGUCCCCACCUGGGAACCAGCCCCAGUACAACCCCCAUACCUCCCACUCCUCCCAUCAGCCAGCCACCAAUCCCCAGUACCACAGCAACCAGGGCAUGGUCCAUAGCAACCAGGUUGUUAUGACCCACACCAACCCACGGCCUCAGAGCGCUCGCUGCCUGUUGCAGACUAAAGGCCAGAAGAGCACGGAUGGUUUCCAGGAACAGUUGUGUGUGAGAAUAGAGAAGAACCCUGGUCUUGGUUUCAGUAUCUCUGGUGGCAUCAGUGGCCAGGGGAACCCCUUCAAACCCUCCGACAUGGGUAUCUUUGUUACUAGGGUACAGCAUGACGGGCCCGCCGCCUCCGCCCUGCAGCCCGGAGACAAGAUACUGCAGGUAACAUCCUCUCACUCAUCAUCACAUGGGCCAGAAACAGCCACAUGCCCUGCCCUCUCUCCCUCCCUAACCCUUCCCUUAUUUCAUAAACAGCGAGACAGAGCAUUCGGUAGGAAAAAAGAGGAAGUCAUGUACACUUUACCUGCUGCAGUUAGCUGGACAUUUUCUUAUACAGGCUAUUCAACAGAGACACACAAACACUGAUUAGCAGCAGUGAUUGAGCCAGUGAUCACAAAUUAACUCACCCACUGGUGUUGUCUUACUGGGUGUUUAUAUCAGACUUCUGCAUUUUCCUGCCUGUACAUUGAUGCCUCUGUGUGUGUACCUGUUGGUCCCGAAAUCAGGCAUGACCCCCCCCCACACACACACACACAAACACACACACACACCCUCUCUUUCAUUCAUCAUUAGCCAGUGACACCCAAAAACUUUUUAGCCAAAGAUCACGGGGGAUUUGAGUAGCCUAAAACAAUAUGUCAUUUAUACUGUUAUCACUAUUACUUUGAAACUGACAACUUGAAAACCUCAUGAAGUUGAGAAACGACUGAAGUUACUUUAAGCUACAUAAUCAUACAGUGUUGGUCGUAACUACUGUGGGACUGCAGUGGCGACACAGAAGUCAACAAAAAUUCAACUAGUACAAGCAGAAUUCACUCUUAUCAUGGCUACCUCUUUUAUUGAAGCAGAGUAGUGAUUUCUGGCCCAAAGAGUUUCUACUUGUACUCGUCAUCAUAAAACACAUUACAAAGAAUAUUUAAACAGAAUAAGCAUGAAAGAUAAAAUAUUGCAAAACUUACACAAACAAUCAGCCAGUGGAGCAUCCUCACAUGGAUUUUUUUGACCCUGAUGACAGGUACAAGCCCAAAUGCUUUGGUCUCACAAUAUAGUUGUUCUUUAUACUAGUAUUGCUUGCCACCUAGAUAUUUCCAGGUCAAUUAACAAUUUUUCUAACCAAAACAGAUCUUUGAGCCAGACGUGUGUUUUUGUGAUCUUCCCAAUCUUCUUCUUCGUUAUCUCACUGUAUAAUCGCUCUUUAUAUACAGUAACUUUGUAUAAGAUAUGGGCCUAAACACUGGGAACUUUUCUACAUUGCAUUCUGAAAGUAACUGAAUACUGCAGUUUGCCUGAAUUACAGUAUGUUAGUUUUCAGAUGACUACAUUGUUUCUCUUAAAUAUAAGUUGUGAAAAAGUAAACAUGAGUACACUCUGAUUUUGAUGCGGAAAUUAUGUAUUGUUACACCUUGCAGGGAUACUUUACCAGGGGCAACCAUAGCUAUUUAAACAACAUCCACCUCCCAUGUAGAUUAGUAUCAGUCAAAUUGAAUCAAUAAACACUAAACAGAAACUAUUUAUAAAUAUUUACUUUAUUUAUAUAAUUACUGUAGCUAUUAUUUCAGAGUUUCAAAUUGUAUUGCCAUGACAGAUUUACCCCCCUUCCCCCAUCUCUCAUUCCUUUCAUGUUUUCCUCCCCUCUCUCCUCCCCUUUCAUCUUCUCUCCACAGAUGUACAGUUUAGCUGGAUGAACUCAUCUUAAAGCCCUGUUUUGUCUUUACCCCUUCUCUCUCUACAGCAUGACUGUGUAGCUCCUCUUCUUCUCUCUCUUUUCCCCAACAGUGAUGUGUUACUGAGAUAAUGAUGGCAGUGACCCUCCAUCCUUCCACAAACACACACACACACACACACACCCACAUAGACAUAUGUAUGGAAAUACUACAGCACACAUACCUCUAUACAUACAUGCACACACACAUGCUGUUGACUGUGCUGCGUGUUUGCCUUGCAGGCUAACGGACAUAGUUUUUUACACAUGGAGCACGAGACAGCCGUCUCUCUGCUGAAGAGUUUCCAGCGGACGGUGGACUUGGUGGUUCUGAGAGACAGCAGCACGCGCUAAAAAUAGUUUUAUAACAAACAAACAAACACAACAACGCUUCUCUACUCUGCUCAUCGCCAUCCCACGCCACCUCACCUGCCCUCCGCUGGAGGCUUGUGGAACUGAAAAAUGAGCCGCCUUUUUUACCUUUUUAGGGGAAUACACAGACAUUUAUUUGCCUAUUGCUGGACCAAAGGCAAAUACUAGUGCCAAAUGUACCAUAGGAAACAUAUCGGCUCUUCUGUCUACCAGCGGUCAGGGACCUGAUCGACGACUGGAUGGACCACAAGAGGACUCUAUGCUUUGAGUUCCUACAGGGCUGCUGCAAUUUGGAUUUUGUGGUUGGUUUGUUAAUUAGGCAUCUGAUCGGUCAGUCUGAAUAGUUUAUUUUUGUUGGUUAGUUAGAGUUCUGGGGUGUUUUUGCUUUUCUCCACUGCCUUUUAUUUUGCUGUCCGUGGUAGAUUUAGAAUAAUUUGUUUGGUGUAGCACAUGAUUCACUUCCCAUGUUCUUCAUUGUUCUUAUUUGCUUUGUCCAGUUCUCUUCUGUUCUCUUCUCUUUUCUGCUGUCUUCUGUUCUGCUCUGUUCUGCAGGUAUUAUUGCCUCCAGUGUACAGAAAUUGAAAACUUAAGACUUUCUGCCUUGUGUACAUAUACAUCAAGCUGCAGCUUUCUAGAGCUGCACUCUCCUUGGGGCCUGGACAGACAGCUCUAAAAGUUUAUGAUUAAUAUAAAUAUUGUUGAUAAACCACAUUCUGAAUCCUCUCCUAUGAACAUACAGGGAUUAUUUCUCCAAAUGGACGAUUUUCUAAAGUAUACUACUGAUUUUUUUUCUGUAAAGAAAACACUGUUAAUAGUUCAUCACUGCUACUUGUUUUUUUGUUUUUAAAACUGUUGCUUGCACAGCUGUGCUGAAAAGAGCUAAAGCAAUAUUUCUGAGGCUCGGCCCAUUGAGAUUUUCAGCAGAGCCUAACUUGUCCUGCAGUGCCAUCUAUCAAGCAAUGUUUACAUACACUGCCAUACACGUGAACUCACAGGCAAACGCACAUAUACAGUAGAUGUAUGUGCCCCCAUACACAACACAUAUGCAAUGGUACGCUCUGUGCACUAUUGCAUAAUAAAGCCCUGUCUAUAUUCUAGCCUGAUUUUUAGAAUUCAACUACUAUCGUAAAACCAGUCACACUCACACACACACUGUAACAUUAUUCAUAAUUUCUGUGCCAUAUUUUGAGGUCCUGUUUUCUAGUAUCGUUACAGCAAUGUUACAUCCCUUUUUAGCUGUUUGAGUUGUAUGAUAAAGUCACAGCAUGCUUUCAUAUCACUGGUCACUGUCAGCCAACCAUUUUCUGUUGGCUUCUAGAGUUCUCUACUCUGCAGAAGACUCUAGAUGUAUUAUACCACUGAGUUUCAGUGAGACUGAUGUUCUAUAAUUGGUGCCAUAUGGACCCUCUGUCCCUCCCUGCUUGUAUUUACACAUGCCCAAAACAUCAGAGCUUUACCUCUUUGUGGCCCAGAUCUGAUCUGCACACAGUGGGAGCAGCAGCGUGUAGGGAAACUGUUUUUUAACAUUUGGCAAGUAUCCACUCUGCUGACGUGUCCUGACCUAUGGCCUCCCUGUGGAAAGCAACAAGAGAAAAGAGAAUGUCCCUACAAGAAUCAAUAAGGUAUAACACACAGUGUUAGUGUCUUAAUGAGUAAAUCUGUAGUGAAUCAGAAUUUCCCUUUUUAGACAAUCAGGGAAAGAUCUGAUCUGUGUCACAAAGACUUUUGGCUACACUUGAAAUUUCAGUGUAACUUUUUUAACCUGAGGAGAUGCUCAUUGACUCUAGGUGUACAUGGAAAGUUAGAUUUGCCAACUUUGUUGGUGAAUGUUAAAAAUUAUAUGUGGAUAGGGUCAGGUAGUGUUUGGAAUAUGGCAUUUAGAAGAGCAGGGAAACAUGUAGACACAGACGUAGAAAGUGAGAUUGAAUGAGAGGUUUCUGGAGCCAUGUCAGUGUGGUCUUAUAAAAUCUGACCUUCAUGGCCAUGCUUCAGAAAUUGUAUUGACAUGAAAGAAGUAACCACAGAAAAAGAGUAAAGAGGUUCAUUUUCUGUCUUCGUGUAAAUGCAACACGUGUCUUGAAGACGUUUCAUGACGGGGAGUUUUGUUCUGUUCUGUAUAACAUCUGAUGUUUCAUCCAGAGCAAAACAACAUCCUUCACUGUCCUUUGCUUUUACUUGACAUGACAGUGUCAUCCUGUGCCCAUUUUGUGUCAACCCUUUUAAUAAGCGUUAGAAUUUAGUUAAUUCAAUAUAAGGGACACAAAAUGGCACAGUUUAGUCUUGUGGUUGAGAGAUUUUAACCACAGGUACUCACCCAACCCUAUUUAGAGUUUGAAAUAUCAAAGAUAUUGCGAUGAGAACAGAGAAAAAGGUUUGAUAAUAUAAUUAUUUUUUACUACAUGUUUCAGGUAAUUCUUUCUAAAUAUAUUGAUAUACCUUAGCUUUGCUCAAAAAUUGUGAUAUUUUAUAAUAAUGACACUUAUAACAAAGUUAUGGAUGGAAGUACGCACAGUAUGACUUGGAGACCUACAUGUACACCUACACAUGUACUAUCCAAAACUGUAUAAAAUGUAUUUCUACUGUAAUUGUGAAUUUGUGUUAUACAAAUAUAUAUUGUAUAUAUAUGUAUAUGACUAUAAAAAUAGUCAUUUUCUAUGUGUUUAAACUACAUAUAAGCUGAACAAAUGCUGAGGACGGUGUCACUGUACAUAGCUGUGAAUGAAAUCCAAUUUAAAAUGACUCAUAUUGAUUGUGAAUGUACUCAUGCUUUCUGCAGUACCUACACCUACCCAACUUGAAUGCUGCUUCUUCUGUUGUGUGACAAAAAGUACUUUGACCUCCGAAGAGAGAACCGCUGUCGAGUUAUAAGUUGGACAAAUUUUAGUGACGAUUUAACAGAACUAUUUAUUUCUUUAUUUAUUUGCACAUGCAAGUUGAAAUCCUUCCAGUUUUAAGUUUGAGUAUUAAUGCGGAGAAAUGUAAUUGCAGAAGUAUAUAUAAUAUAUAUCAUGUGUUUAGAAUGCAUUUUGCAGACGCUAUCUGUACAUACUAUUUAAGAUACAGUUUUUACAAAAAAUAAUAUAUGUAUAAAAUUGAAAAAAUGCUGUGCACCGAUUAUACUGGAGCCAUUUUGGGCUUUGGGACGUACCAUUUUUUCAGUAUAUAAGAAGUGUUUUGAAUAAUGUACUAAAGUCUCUAUUGUACAAAUAAUAAAAAUGUCACUAUUGGUAA